ACCUACCAAGUUCCGUUUUCUUUUCUUCAUCAAAUCAAGCCGAUACAUAAAGAACCCGAUUACUAGUAGCAAUCUCCAACCCAUCACGGAAAAGAACCGCGAUUCUUGUUUCUCGAUCGAGGCGAUUUUGUCUGUCUGCCCGGAGAGCCAGCGAUGGAACUCGAAGUAGGGCCGUCGGAGUCCGGCGGCCUGGCGGCGCUGGCUGCCGGCCUCGCGAGGCGCCUGGCCGAGGAGAACUCGGAGAGCAACCUGGUGUUCUCGCCGCUGUCCAUCUACGCCGCGGUCGCGCUCCUGGCCGCGGGCGCCCGGGGCGCCACCCUGGACGAGAUCCUCGGCGUCCUCGGCGCGCCGUCUCGCGCCGCGCUCGAGGUGUUCGUCUCCCUCGUGGCGGAGCAAGCGCUCAGAGACCAGUCUGGCUCCGGCGGGCCGCGCAUCGCGUUCGCGUGCGGCGUGUGGAGCGACCUCACUUGCGCCCUGAAGCCAGCCUACCGCCACGCCGUCCUGAGCACGUACAAGGCCGAGGCCAGCACCGUCGACUUCCAGAACGACCCGGAGGGAGCACGCGGCCAGAUCAACGAGUGGGCCGCGCGGGCGACGCAGAACCUGAUCGGCGGCGUCCUCGGCCCGGAAUCAGUGACGCCGCUCACCCGCGUCGUGCUCGGCAACGCCAUAUACUUCAAGGGGAAGUGGCAAGAGCCCUUCUGCAAGAGGGAUACCGAGAGCAAGCUUUUCCACCGGCUCUACGGCCGCGCCGUCGACGUGCCCUUCAUGCAGAGUUGGGAGCCCCAGUUCAUCGCCGUGCACCAAGGGUUCAAGGUGCUCACACUCCGGUACCAGACGCAAGCUAAUCUAACUCCGCCCGGGCGUCCCGCUCCCUCUGACGGUAACAUGUGCGCACGGUUUUCUAUGUGCAUCUUCCUUCCGGAUGCCCUCGACGGCUUGCCGGGCCUGGUUGACAUGAUAGCAUCCCAGCCUGCCGACUUCCUGGAAAAGCACCUGCCGGAGGAGAAGAUCGAUGUUAGGGAGUUCCGGGUGCCCAAGUUCAAGCUGUCCUUCCAUGGCAGCGUCGUCGACAUCCUCAAGAAGCUGGGGCUUCAGUUGGCGUUCAGUGAUCAAGCCGAUUUGUCUGACAUGGUGGAGGACGAUGAAUCUGGCUUGCCAUUGGUCUUGAACGACGUAAUCCACAAGGCGGUCAUCGAGGUAAACGAGGAAGGCACCAUAGCCGCGGCUGUGUCCAUAGAUGAGAUGUUAUUCGGUGGUGUUAAUUUCAUGCGUCCGCCACCUCCUCGAGUAGAUUUUGUAGCCGACCAUCCGUUUGCGUACUUAAUAGUGGAGGAGACAACCGGCGCAGUUGUCUUUGCAGGGCAUGUCCUUGACCCCUCCAUCGAGAGCUAGGUCAAUCAAGGACGACGCCUGAUUCUGUUUCGGCUUGGCCCACGUAGAGGAGGAAUAACAUUGUCUCAUACUAGUUUCAUGCUAGUUUACAAGCCAUGGAAUUUUUCUUUAUUCGUCUGUGUAAUUUAAUUUCAAGAGAAGUUGUGCGUGCAACAGUCAUCCUUUUGGAUAAAUU